AUGAGCGGUCACGAUUCGAAGUAUUUCUCCACAACCAAGAAGGGUGAAAUCCCUGAGCUCAAAGAAGAGCUCAAUUCUCAGUACAAGGAUAAGAGAAAAGAUGCUGUUAAGAAGGUGAUUGCUGCGAUGACUGUUGGGAAGGAUGUAUCGUCGCUGUUCACGGAUGUAGUGAACUGCAUGCAGACGGAAAAUUUGGAGCUCAAGAAGCUGGUUUAUUUAUAUCUUAUAAAUUAUGCUAAAAGUCAGCCUGAUUUGGCGAUACUUGCAGUAAAUACAUUUGUUAAGGAUUCACAAGAUCCAAAUCCCUUAAUUCGAGCUUUGGCUGUACGGACAAUGGGCUGCAUUCGUGUUGACAAAAUAACAGAGUAUCUAUGUGAUCCACUUCAGAGGUGCCUUAAGGAUGACGAUCCUUAUGUUCGCAAGACAGCAGCCAUUUGUGUAGCCAAACUUUAUGACAUAAAUGCUGAGCUUGUUGAGGAUAGGGGCUUUUUGGAAUCUCUUAAGGAUUUGAUUUCUGACAACAACCCCAUGGUUGUUGCCAAUGCUGUGGCAGCUCUUGCCGAAAUUCAAGACAAUAGUGCCCGACCCAUCUUUGAGAUUACUAGUCACACACACUCAAAGCUGCUUACUGCUCUUAAUGAGUGCACAGAGUGGGGCCAAAUUUUUAUAUUGGAUGCGCUAUCUAGAUACAAGCCAGCUGAUGCUCGGGAUGCUGAAGGUAUAGUGGAACGAGUUACUCCACGGCUACAACAUGCUAAUUGUGCAGUUGUUCUUUCAGCUGUUAAGAUGAUCCUCCAACAAAUGGAACUUAUAACUAGCACUGAUGUGGUUCGAAAUCUUUGCAAGAAGAUGGCUCCUCCUCUCGUGACAUUACUUUCUGCAGAGCCAGAGAUACAGUAUGUUGCUUUGCGUAACAUCAACCUGAUUGUACAAAGACGGCCUACGAUCCUUGCCCAUGAGAUUAAGGUUUUCUUCUGCAAGUACAAUGACCCCAUUUAUGUGAAGAUGGAGAAGCUAGAAAUCAUGAUAAAGCUUGCUUCAGACCGCAAUAUAGACCAGGUUCUAUUGGAGUUCAAAGAGUAUGCCACAGAAGUUGAUGUAGAUUUUGUUAGAAAGGCUGUUCGUGCCAUUGGCCGUUGUGCAAUCAAGUUAGAGAGAGCUGCCGAGCGUUGCAUUAGUGUUCUCCUUGAGCUGAUCAAGAUUAAAGUAAACUACGUGGUUCAAGAGGCUAUCAUAGUUAUUAAAGACAUCUUUAGAAGAUACCCUAACACUUAUGAGUCAAUCAUUGCGACACUCUGUGAGAGCUUAGACACUCUAGAUGAACCAGAAGCUAAGGCUUCGAUGAUCUGGAUUAUUGGUGAAUAUGCGGAAAGAAUUGACAAUGCUGAUGAGCUCCUGGAGAGCUUCUUGGAGAGUUUUCCUGAAGAGCCUGCACAAGUCCAGUUGCAAUUGCUGACUGCAACUGUCAAACUCUUCCUUAAGAAGCCAACUGAAGGGCCUCAACAGAUGAUUCAGGUUGUUUUGAAUAAUGCCACUGUAGAAACUGACAAUCCUGAUCUAAGGGAUCGUGCAUACAUAUAUUGGCGUCUGCUAUCAACUGAUCCUGAGGCAGCUAAAGAUGUUGUGUUAGCUGAGAAGCCUGUGAUCAGUGAUGAUUCAAACCAACUUGAUCCAUCUCUUCUUGAUGAGCUUCUUGCCAACAUUGCGACAUUGUCGUCUGUGUAUCACAAGCCCCCAGAAGUUUUUGUAACCCGUGUGAAGACUGCAGCACAGAGACCUGAAGAUGAUGAAUAUGCCGAAGGGAGUGAAGCAGCAUAUUCUGAAUCAUCUGCUCAUCCUGCUGAUAGUGCAGCAUCGCCACCUACUAGUUCAAGUAAUGUUCCGUAUGCUGGAGCCAGGCAACCAGCAGCUGCACCAUCUACAAGUCCACCAGCUGCUCCGGUGCCGGAUUUGAUGGGUGAUCUUUUGGGCAUGGAUAAUAGUGCUAUUGUCCCUGUUGACCAAGCUUCUACUCCUGUUAGCCCUCCUUUGCCUGUUGUACUGCCAGCAUCUACUGGUCAGGGUUUACAAAUUAGUGCACAGCUUACAGGGCGGGAUGGUCAGAUCUUUUAUAGUUUACUGUUUGAGAACAACUCACAGAUUCCCCUGGAUGGAUUCAUGAUCCAGUUUAACAAGAAUUCAUUUGGGCUCGCAGCAGCUGGACCUCUGCAGGUUCCCCAAUUGCAACCUGGGACAUCAGCGGCAAUUCUGCUGCCUAUGGUUUUGUUUCAAAAUACAUCUGCUGGUCCUCCAAGCUCACUUUUGCAAGUUGCUGUGAAAAAUAAUCAACAACCUGUAUGGUAUUUCAAUGACAAAAUCUCAUUGCAUGUAUUCUUUACUGAGGAUGGGAGGAUGGAACGUGGAAGCUUUCUUGAGACAUGGAGGUCCCUUCCUGAUUCAAAUGAGGUCUCAAAGGACUUCCCAGACAUUACAGUGAAUGGUGUAGAAGCUACAUUAGACCGGCUUGUUGCAUCAAACAUGUUCUUCAUUGCAAAGCGAAAGCAUGCAAACCAGGAUGUGUUCUACUUUUCAGCUAAAAUCCCUAGAGGAAUUCCCUUCUUAAUCGAACUCACCACAGUUGUUGGAACCCCUGGGGUCAAGUGUGCCAUCAAGACUCCAAACCCUGAGAUGGCACCACUUUUCUUCGAAGCCAUUGAGACUCUUCUCAAGAGUUGA